UGUGAUUCAGACACGUGCUUCCUGUGUCAGCGGGCCCAUGUGGUAAACAAGCUCAGGAGUGGAAGCCCAAUCAUGGAGUUUACUGAUAAGUGGACGAAUUUACCUCCAGGACCGAGUCUGAAAAACCUGACGGACGGAGGGUUCGGGAAACUGAAGGACAAACAGCAUGCUGCGGUCCAGGACUUGACCAAAGCUCACAUCGAGUCGUUUAACCAGGCUGUUACUGAGGGACUCACACGGGUGGUUCAGGCCAUCCCACCCUUGGAGUUCAUGUUCAAACAGGACAGGGUGACCCUAACAUUUGUGGAAGCCACCAUUCACAACCCGGUGGUCACCAAGGGGAGCGUCUGCACAGAGAUGAAGGUGUUUCCUGCAGAGUGUCGGGGAAGAAGGUGUUCCUAUAAAGGGAAGCUGGUGGCCGACGUCAGUUGGGCGAUUAACGGAAUUCCUAAAGGUAUCGUGAAGCAGUCGCUGGGCCAGGUUCCAAUCAUGGUGAAGUCACAGCUAUGCAACCUCCAUGGCCUGUCCCCUAAAGAGCUCGUAAAGCAUCACGAAGAAGCGGAGGAAAUGGGAGGUUAUUUCAUCAUGAACGGGAUCGAGAAGGUGAUCCGUAUGCUGAUCAUGCCGAGGAGGAACUAUCCCAUUGCCAUGUCAAGACCAAAGUGGAAGAGCAGAGGACAGGGAUACACCCAGUAUGGUAUUUCUAUGCGCUGCGUUAGGGAGGAGCACUCGGCCAUCAAUAUGAACCUUCAUUAUCUGGAAAACGGCACAGUGAUGCUGAACUUCAUCUACCAGAAGGAGCUCUUCUUCCUCCCUUUAGGCUUUGCUUUGAAGGCGCUGGUAGACUUCACAGAUUUCCAGAUCUACCAGGAGCUGAUCAAAGGGCGUGAGGACAACUCCUUCUAUAAAACCUGCGUGUCAGAAAUGCUGCGCAUGGUGUCAGAGGAGGGCUGCACCACCCGCAGCAAGGUGCUCGACUACCUGGGAGAGCGCUUUAGGGUAAAGCUGAACCUACCGGAGUGGUACACCAACGAACAGUGCGCCAACUUUCUCUUAAACGAAUGCAUCUGCAUCCACCUGAAGUCUGACAUAGAAAAGUUCUACCUGCUUUGUCUCAUGACCCGGAAGCUUUUCACGUAUGCCAAACAGGAGUGCAUGGAGGAGAAUCCGGACAGCUUGAUGUGCCAGGAGGUUCUCACUCCUGGUCAGCUCUACCUCAUGUUUCUAAAGGAAAAACUGACGGCGUGGCUGGUGUCCGUAAAGCUGGGCUUCGACAAACGAGGGUCUAAACUGGGCAAUGGAUGGAGCACUGAGAACGUGAUGAAGAUGUUAAACAUGGGAUCAGAUCUGACCAAACCUUUUGAAUAUCUACUGGCCACUGGGAACCUCCACUCCAAGACAGGUCUCGGCAUGCUGCAGAACACGGGCCUCUGUGUGGUCGCUGACAAACUCAACUUCAUCCGCUACCUGUCCCACUUCCGCUGCGUCCACAGAGGAGCGGCGUUCGCCAGGAUGAGAACCACGUCUGUCAGGAAGCUGCUGCCGGAGUCCUGGGGUUUCCUCUGUCCCGUCCACACUCCGGACGGAGAGCCCUGUGGACUGAUGAAUCACAUGACUGCCAGCUGUGAGAUCGUCGCUGCCACCUCGUACACUACAUCCCUGCCGGCUCUGCUGUGCUCCCUCGGUGUGACGCCGGUGGACGGGUCUCCCGGUCGAGCCUUUUCAGACUGCUACCCCGUGGUUCUGGACGGAGCUGUUGUGGGCUGGGUGGAAGCCGAGUUAGCUCAGGCCGUCGUCGACUCGCUGCGCAGGUUUAAGGUGCUGGGUCAGAAGAAGGUCCCCCCCUGGACUGAGAUUGUCCUGGUUCCUAAGACGGGAAAGGCCAGCUUAUAUCCAGGCCUGUUUCUCUUCUCGACGCCGUGUCGUAUGAUGCGACCUGUGCAGAAUUUAGCUCUUGGGAAGCAAGAGCUGAUCGGGACCUUUGAACAGCUCUACAUCAAUGUGGGGAUCCUGGAGGGGGAGAUAGAGGCAGGUGUUACUACGCACCAGGAGCUGUUUCCUCACAGCAUGCUCAGUGUGGUGGCCAACUUCAUCCCUUACUCAGACCACAACCAGAGUCCCAGGAACAUGUACCAGUGUCAGAUGGGUAAGCAGACUAUGGGUUUCCCGCUGCACUCCUACAUGGAUCGCUCCGAUAACAAACUUUACCGGCUGCAGACUCCACAGAGCGCUCUGGUCAGGCCCUACAUGUACGACCAUUACAGCCUGGACAACUACCCCAGCGGCACCAACGCCAUCGUGGCCGUCAUAUCCUACACGGGCUACGACAUGGAAGACGCCAUGAUCGUCAACAAGUCGUCCUGGGAGAGGGGCUUUGCUCACGGGAGCAUCUACAAGACGGAGUUGGUGGACCUGGGGGAGAAGGUGAGGGGAGACGACAGCAUCGUGUUCGGGACCAAGCCAGGCGACCCGAAGGUGAAUGAGAAGCUGGAUGCUGAUGGGCUGCCUCACAUCGGAUCUGUGCUUCAGUACGGAGACCCCUACUACUGCUACAUCAGCCUGAACACAGGCCAAAGCUUCGUCACCUUCUACAAGAACCAAGAGGCUUGUGUGGUCGACAACAUCAAGAUCUGCAGCAACGACACGGGCUCAGGUCGUUUUAAACGCGUCUGCAUCACCGUACGAGUGCCGCGAAACCCCACCAUCGGCGACAAGUUUGCCAGCCGCCACGGCCAGAAGGGCAUCCUGAGCCGUCUGUGGCCGGCGGAGGACAUGCCCUUCACAGAGAGCGGCAUGACCCCGGACAUCCUGUUCAACCCGCACGGCUUCCCCUCCCGCAUGACCAUCGGGAUGCUGAUCGAGAGCAUGGCCGGAAAGUCCGCCGCCCUGCACGGCCUGAGCCACGACGCCACGCCCUUCACCUUCUCCGAGGAGAACUCUGCGCUGGAUUACUUCGGGGAGUUGCUCCGAGCGGGCGGCUACAAUUACUACGGCACGGAGAGGCUCUACAGCGGACUGAGCGGCCAGGAGCUGGAGGCGGACAUCUUCAUCGGCGUCGUCUACUAUCAGCGGCUGCGUCACAUGGUCUCGGACAAAUUCCAGGUGAGGACCACGGGAGCGCGGGAUAAGGUGACCAACCAGCCGGUCGGAGGAAGGAACAUCCAGGGAGGCAUUCGUUUCGGGGAGAUGGAGCGAGACGCCCUGCUGGCCCACGGCUCCUCCUUCCUGCUCCAGGACCGCCUGUUUAACUGCUCGGACCGCUCGGUCGCUCAGGUGUGCGUCGACUGCGGCAGCCUCAUUUCCCCGCUUCUGGAGAAGCCCCCGCCCUCCUGGUCGGCCAUGCGCCACCGGGAGACGGUCUGCACCCUGUGCGGGAAGAGCGACUCCAUUGACUCCGUUUCUGUCCCGUACGUUUUCCGUUACUUCGUGGCUGAGCUGGCAGCCAUGAACAUCAAAGUCAAACUGGACGUUAAGUGAAACUUCCUGGAGGAAACGGAAAAACUUUGUGCCUUAAAAUUUCUCUGUCAUUUAUGGUCAUCAUCAGGGUUAAACGCUCUGACUGUUCAAAGCUGAUCAGCUGUAGCAGUUUUGUUUUAGAGGCUGAUUCAAAAUAAUGUAAAAAUGAUCAGUGGAGAUUUCUGGAAAAAUGUUUGACUUUAACCCUUUCAGCUCCAGGAUCAAAUCAUUAUUCAAUAAACUAAUAGAUUUUUCAACA